AUGAAAAAUUUCACUUUCUUCAAUGAGUUCAUCCUCCUUGGCCUCUCUGCUGACCCUCAGAUUCAGACCAUGCUCUUUGUGCUAUUCCUGGGGAUUUAUCUCCUGGCCCUGAUUGGAAAUCUGGUGAUUAUCCUGGUAAUCAGGGGAGAUUCUCACCUUCACACACCGAUGUAUUUCUUCCUGGGACACUUGUCCUUCCUAGAUAUCUGCUUUGCCUCAGUCACCAUGCCCAAAAUGCUCCAGAACUUCCUGUCUCAGAAGAAAACCAUCUCAGUAUGGGGCUGCUUUGCCCAGAGUUUCUUUUUUCUCCUCUCUGGGUGUGCUGAAGCCAGCCUUCUCUCAGCCAUGGCCUAUGACCGCUAUGCCGCCAUUUGCCAUCCCCUGCUCUACACCAUGAUCAUGAACAGGCCUCUUUGCACAACCAUGGUCGGUGUGGCGUGGCUGCUUGGAUUUCUGAACUCACUGGUGAAUAAUAUUUUCAUCUACAAGUUACAUUUCUGUGGGCCUAGCAUCAUCCAUCACUUCAGCUGUGAGCUCCCUUCCUUAUUCCCUCUGUCCUGUACUGACCCCACCGCCAACAAGCUCCUUCUGGCAGGCUCCAGUGCCUUUCUAGGCCUGCUGACGCUUCCCCUGAUCCUCUUCUCUUACUCCAGAAUCAUCUCUGCCAUUCUGACGCUCCGUUCCUCAGGAGGCCAAGGCAAAGCCUUCUCCACCUGCUCCUCUCACCUCACUGUGGUGCUUUUGUUCUACGGGACAGCUCUGUUCAGGUACAUCAGCCCUGCCUCAGGCUCAGUGUGGGAGCGAGUGGUCUCCAUUCAGUACAGUGUGAUCACCUCCUUGCUAAACCCCCUCAUCUACAGCCUUAAAAACCAGGAGGUGAAAGCAGCUCUGCAGAGGAUGCUAAGGCAACAGAUGUGCUGCUCCAUGAAGGGAUUCUCUGUGUGGUGCUCAGUCAAGACUGGGGAGAAGGGACCUUCCUUAAUACCUUGA